GGCAUUGCAGAAACUAGUUAUGCUUCCAACUCAUCAGCUCAGAAGAUUUCUAUAUACAAAACUAAAGCAGUGGUAGAGAAAGCAAUACUGGACAUAUUGUCGAAAUUUCAUGGUAGUGCCAUUUCUACAACUGAGAAGCUGAAGAGUAUAUGCAUAGCAGAUUUAGGCUGUUCUUCUGGGCCCAAUGCACUGUUGGUCGUUUCUCAUCUGUUGGAUACCAUUGAUAACAAAUAUUGCAAAUCUGAAGGUUCCUCGGGGGAUCGAACAGCGCAACAAGGGAAACUUAUAUAUUUCAAAAUCAAGUCCACCAUCUGUUGUUGAAGCAUACUUGGAGCAGUUCAACACAGAUUUUAUGGUUUUUCUGAAGUGUCGCUCUGCGGAAUUAGUUGAUGGAGGAAGAAUGGUGUUGACACUUUUGGGCAGGAGAAGUUCAGAUCCUACCAGUAAAGAGUGUUGCAGUGUAUGGGAUCUAUUAGUCACGGCAUUCAAGGAUAUGAUUACAAAGGGAAUGGUUGAAGAAGAGAAACUAGAUUCGUUUAACUUUACAAAUUACUUUCCAUCCCCUGAAGAAGUGCAGUCGGUAAUUCAGAGUGAAGGUUCCUUCAUGGUUGAUCAACUACAUACAUAUAAUGUGAACUGGGAUGGAAGUGAUUCUCGCGAAGACAGAAGUUCAGCAACAGACAAGUUCAGAAGUAGCUAUGACACAGCUAAGUGCAUUAGAGCUGUGUCCGAAUCGUUACUGGUGAGUCACUUCAGGGAGGAGAUAAUCGAUGAAUUGUUCUGCAGGUACAGGGAGAAAGUUGCAAACUACGCAACCAAAGAGAAAACCGAGUACACUAACCUAGUUAUCUCCAUGACAAAGGGUCCCUGAAUCAUAAGCUGCAUAAGUAAGUGAAAAAAAUGUACAUCUUUCAUUCAGAAUUGAAGACAUUGCUGCAGCUGUUGUUAAGGUUUACAAAUAAUCUAACGGUAGUAGUAUGUCUUUCAUUCAAAAAUUGAAAAAGUUAGUGGCGGCGUAUGGAUUUAUAUUCUACAGUUUCUUCUCCUCUGUCUUGCGCUCCCAUUAUGGAGUAUGAUCAUCUACUCAACAUCCUUUCUCUGCCAUAGACAAUCCUCUCACCGCUCAUUUAACAGAGUGAA